GGAAUGCAGGAAGAUUAUGCAGAGGAGGUAAAGUUUGAGCUGCACCCCUGCCACGUGGGCUUCAAUUUCAUUGCCUGAGAUUGAAGUAGAGGCAGAGGCCACAUGGACAGAACAGAGACAAGUUUAUACUCUAAAAGUUGUCAAAAUCAAAAUUGAGUCACUAGUGUUUUUUUAAAAAACAAACAAACAAAAACCUUGACAGAGCAGGGAGGGCUAUAGAGACUUCUCAGGCUUAUAGGCCUGAUAACAAAAACUAUUACAAAACACUCUGCAAAAACCACAACAUUGCACGAAAGCCAUCGCAACCUUACACAAAAAAGACUUCUGCAAGGACAUCUGCCAAGAAACUGCCUGUCCAACCUCAGACUGGCGUCACUCUUAUAAUUAAUCUUUGUAGUCAAGGAUAAUCAUUUCAAAACAAUUUUGUAAUCAUCCUCAUUUUUCCUUUAAAAACUUUCCACUUCCUUUAGCUCCCUAAAUACAGACAUAGUUUACUAUGGCACGUAUGUUACCAAUGCCCUAUUCUCGAAUAAACAUCAUUUUCUUUUAGAAAGCCUCUCCGUUCGUUAUUUAGGUUGACACCUAUUACAAUAGAGAAAAAAAGACACCUUCUCCCUGGAAUUCAGAGAACUUCAAGACUGACGAAAACGCCCAGGACUAAAGUCAAAACGCCUGAAGGGAUCGAGAAGGCAUCUGGGAAUCGUAGUCCAAACCCAGCCUAUUUUCUGCGCAGACUCACAAGUUCCUGUGGACGGAAUCCUUGAAGGGUGGUGCAGCUCCGUCCUUCCACCGGAAGUGUCCGAUCGGAAUCAUCCCUGUGGGAGUGGUGAGUCCGGAUUUGUGGACCAGGUAACUGGACCUGUGUCCCUCUGCAAACGUCCAGUCCCUCUCGUGUUCCUUUUGGGAUUACAGCAGCCUCGGGGCGACCAGAUCCUAGACCUCAGAAGAUUCCUGGAGAAAGGGGAGCUCUUGAAAACCCUUCCCAAAAGACAAGUGGGUUUUCUGAUAAUAUAGUCUAUCCAGAGAUGGCUACAGAAUCAAAGAAAGCUGCAGCUCAGAACUUUCCAGAGGAUAAAGAACUUCUGAUAGUAAAGAUAAAAGAGGAAGAGAUUAUCUGGAGACAAGGCACUUGCAUACAGAGAAGUGAUCUCCUCAGGCAGGAGCUCUGCCGGCAACUUUUUAGGCAGUUCUGCUACCAAGAUUCCCCUGGACCCCAGGAGGCAUUGAGCAGGCUCCGGGAGCUCUGUUGUCAGUGGCUGAAGCCAGAGAUCCAUACCAAGGAGCAGAUCGUGGAGCUGCUGGUGCUGGAGCAGUUCCUGAACAUCCUGCCAGGGGAUCUGCAGGCCUGGGUACAUGAACAUUACCCAGAGAGUGGAGAGGAGGCAGUGACCAUAUUGGAAGAUUUAGAGAGAGGCACUGAUGAAGCAAUAUGCCAGGUUCCAGCCCAUGAACAUGGACAAGAAAUAUUCAGGAAAAAGGUGUCACCACCUGGACCAGCAGUUAGUGUCCAAUUCCAGCCAGUAGAGACCAAGGCCCAUUAUGGUUCUUCAGAACCUCAACUCCUACUGGACUGUGAUGAUGAGAGUGAAAACAAUGGAUCCAUGCCAAAGCUGGACAUUUAUGAAAAAACAGAAUCUCAGAGAAUUAUAUCAGGAAGAAUCUCAGGAUACGUGUCCGAAGGAUCUGAUGAGCCUCAAGACAUUUGUAAGUCUGCAGUCAGGGUAAAGAAGCAAUGGGAAAAAGAACCAGGGGACUUUCAGAGACCAUCAUCAGCUCAAGAUGGAGGUUUUGGUAAAAUCCUCACCCACAAAAAUACAUUCACAAGUGAAAUGAUAAGCCAUGAUGGAUGUGAGAGGAGCUUAAAUCUGAGCUCAAAUGAAUUCACACAUCAGAAAUCUUGUAAACAUGGUACCUAUGAACAGAGCUUCAAAUGGAAUUCUGAUUUUAUUAACCAUCAAAGAAUUUAUGCUAGAGAAAAAAUUCACCAAUAUGGAAAAUCUUUCAAGAGCCCAGUACUUAUUAAAAAUGCAGCGAUUUUCAGUGCAGAGAAAACUCAUCAGUGUAAUGAGUGUGGGAAAGCUUUCAGACACAGCUCAAAGCUUGUUAGGCAUCAGAGAAUCCACACUGGAGAGAGACCCUAUGAAUGUAAUGAGUGUGGGAAAGGCUUUGCAGGAAGCUCAGAUCUUAUUAGACAUCAGCGAAUUCACACUGGAGAAAGACCCUUUGGAUGCAAAGAAUGUGGGAGAGCAUUCAGUCUGAACUCACAUCUUAUCUUGCAUCAGAGAAUUCACACCAGAGAGAAACCCUAUAAAUGUAGUGAAUGUGAGAAAACCUUCCGUGUGAGCUCACACCUUAUUCGGCACCUGAGAAUCCACACUGGAGAAAAACCCUAUGAAUGCAGUGAGUGUGGGAGAGCCUUCAGUCAGAGCUCACACCUUAAUCAACAUCAGAGAAUUCACAUGAGAGAAAACCUGUUAAUGUAAGGCAUUUAAAUUCAUGGAAAAUUUGAAGAAAUAGCAAAACAUGAAAAAACAAUAAAAAAUAAAUAUUGUGUGAAAUGAAAGAC